CGGUGUGUGUUGUGCGGUUUGUUUUCAUGUUUUACGCACAGCUGAGCGGCGGCGGUCAGCCCGUUCAGAGCGAAGUGUCUUCGGCGAGAAGGGUCUUCGGCAAGCUGCUGCUUCUCUUCUGACAGAAAGCGGUUCCGGUUUUGUUAUACUUUAUGAUGCCCAUGAGAACAUAUUCAGAGAUGGAGCCGCCGCACGGGGCCCAGUAUGUGGACCAGUGUAAGAGAAGGAGGCAUGGUGGUGAGCAGUUCAUCUCCAGUGGAACCAGCAGAGGCUCCCCGAGCCUAGAGUACACAGACCUUGAGGCGGCAGAGGCCCUGAUGUGCAUGAGUUCCUCCCUGGGCCAUGGGUCCUUCCCCCGCAAGCCUGCACAGAGCCCCUGCAAGCCACGGCCAUUGACGCCUGCUUCGGACUGCUGCGACCUGGUACUCUCCCCUGAACUACCAGAGACCCUCAAGGACUUUGUUUCCCUCUCCUCACUUAGUAUGACGCCCCCCCACAGCCCCAGCUUCACAGAGAGCUCCACACAGCGGUGCGGCACCGGGCUCCCUGCCCUGACCUCUGCUCCCGAGAGGCCCAGCGCUCUGCCCUCACCGCCCCAGGCCUGCAGGGCCAUGGAGACCAGUGUCAUCCGCCACACCGCAGACAGCACCCCCUGCCGGCAGCACAUUCCAGGGGCCCCCAGGAGCUGUAGCAGCGCCAUCGCGGCCACAGUUUGCCCGCAGCAGCAACUUCAACAACAACAACAACAACAACAGCAGCAACAACAACUUCAUCAUCAGCAACACCCACAACAACAGAAGCUGCGGCAGCAGCAUUGCACAAGACAGACUGGGCGGCCAAGCCCCCCUCCCCCUCCGCCCUCCUCUUGCACAGCCACCCCGCAGGCCUGGCAGCCGGCCAUUUACUCAAAGCCCAGUACGGACAGCACAGCCCCCAGGAGCCUUAUCACCCAGCUGGCCCCUCCGGCCCCCACCACCACCACCCUCUGUUCCGCUCCCCAGAUCUUCUGCCAGAUGAUCCCCGUGAGCAGCCAGUCGGGGAUCAUCUCGGCCUUCAUCCCCAGCACGUUGCAGACCGCCAGCCCCGGGUUGAGGACCAGCCCCACCUCCCUCCUCCCCCAGGGUCCGCUCCACGCCACGCCCGUCCAGCACCCCCUCCUGGUGGGCCCGGGGGUGCAGCAGGGCACGGUGAUGCUGGUGCUCCCUCCGCAGUCGUCCUUCCCCCAGGCUCAGCACUGCACGCCGAGCGUCAUGACCCUCGGCCACACCAAGCUGCUCCCCCUGGCCCCGGCCCCCGUCUACAUGCCGGCGGGCCCCUGCGGGGCCGCCACCCCGGGCGUCAAGAUAGACUGCUUGCGCAGGAGGAACUAUGUGUGCAACUUUCCGGGAUGCAGGAAGACCUACUUCAAGAGCUCCCACCUGAAGGCGCACCUCCGGACGCACACAGGAGAGAAGCCCUUCAGCUGCAGCUGGGAGAGCUGCGACAAGCAGUUCGCCCGCUCGGACGAGCUGUCGCGGCACCGGCGCACGCACACCGGCGAGAAGAAGUUUGUGUGUCCCGUCUGCGACCGGCGCUUCAUGCGCAGUGACCACCUGACCAAACACGCCCGCCGUCACAUGACCAGCAAGAAGAUCCCUUCCUGGCAGGCGGAGCUGCGGAACCUAAACAAAAUGCAAGCCGGCAAAGCACCCUCCCUGAAGCCCAGCCUGCCCACACUGAGCAUGCUCGUGCCGGCUGUGUCGCGGUAGGCGGUGAGCCGUCGGGCCUAUCGCCGCCCAUCGAGCUCUCUCAAGGACACACAGGGAGCAGCCACACAGGCACAAGCCUGCUCUUUACUCAUGGGAAGAAGAAAAGAACUCGAAGCACCAUGCACUGGACUCCUCUUAUCCGCUCAUUAAUGUCUUAUAUCUCGCUCUAAUGGAUUCCUUUGUUUACUUUCAUGUAUAAGAUGACAUGUACGUAGCCGUUUGUUUUUGCCAAAGCCUUUGAAUGAAGUUUGCCUGCUUAAUGUCAAACUCACCGCCCCCGGGUCCUCUUUUAAUUGUUUAAGUCUAAGUGUUUUUCUGUUUUAUGCUUUCAAAUGCUUUUACUUGCCCAAUCUUAAGUAAUGUGUGUAACACACAAAACAAUGUACAAGUGGGAUUACCAGUACAAUGAUUAUACAACUUUUCAUAUUAUUUAAUACGUAUUUGUAAUAAAAAGAGGAAAAUGAGAAUCCUGUUUAUCACAAGCCAAGGUGACUCGUGACUUUUGAAUUCAAGAUUCCACCGAACAACACAUUUUUACACCAAAUCUGGUUUAGUCAUCCCGGUUCUUCUGCUAUAACUCAACAGAGAAAGAGUCGCUCAUCCCACAACAUCCUGCGUGCGUGUGUGUCACGUUCUCUAAAUCUCCCCCUCCUUCCCUCUUAUGGUCAACCAAACGCUCGUACCAGGAAAUGUGCUGACGUGCACGGCUUCCUGCAUCGUGCGUAGGGUUGACCACUCGAACCUUCUCACGUUCAUCAUCAGCCAGUCAGCAGCGGUUGUACAUGUAGGGGUCGCUAUUAUAGUCUGACUUCUCCAUAUGGGGAUCAUUAAGAGGGAUAAAUCAGGAGUACCUGUCGUACUGAGUUGUAUUGUUUCAUUUGAGAGUUCAGUUGACAUAGGCCUACUCAGUAGACUUCACUCGCAUUUAUAUCUCAAGUCAUGAAAUAAGUUCCAUUUUAUGAUUUUAUAACUAUAAAAUAAUAAUAAAUGGGAAUCAGGACAAAAAGUAAAGACUCAAUGUUUCCCCACGAACCUAAAGGACAUUAUGAACUUAAUACUCAAGAUGAAAUUGUUAGGUGGUUAGAACGCAUCAAGUCUUCCACAGGCAUAGCCCGUGUCCCUUGGUGAACAAGCACCGCAAAAGAAA